CCAGGGAAGUGAUGGAGGAACUGGCAACCGCCAUGUCGAAGUUAGCAAGAUCUUUAGCAGGAGUUUUAGUGGAGUGUUUGGGCCACCGAAAAGAAAUAUUUGACGAUAUCUGCGACGAAAGCACAUGCUUCCUCCGAUUGAAUCAUUACCCAAUCUGUCCAUUUCCCGGCGAAGUUUCCGGCCUGGUGCCCCACACGGACAGCGAUUUUCUUACCAUACUUCAUCAAGAUCGCAGCGGCGGGCUGCAGCUGAUGAAAGGAUCGCAAUGGGUAGCUGUAAAACCCAAUCCAGAAGCCCUUGUUGUCAACAUUGGAGAUCUUCUACAGGUGUGGAGCAAUGAUACUUACAAAAGUGUGAAGCACAGGGUCGUGACUAAUUCAAUGCGGGAAAGAUAUUCGAUAGCGUACUUCCUCUGCCCUUCUUAUCAUUCUCCAAUUGGGAGUUGCAGACAACCUUCACCGUAUAGACACUUCACUUUCGCUGAGUACAGAAAGCAAGUUAGAGAUGAUGUGGAAAAAAUUGGAUACAAAGUAGGUCUUUCAAAAUUUCGGCUCGUCAAUAUCAAUACCAAUUCAAACUCAAAUAACUAG